AAUGGAGAACAUAUAAGAAACAUUUGAUGGUGCUUAUAAAAUUAAUACCUUUUGUGAUAAACAGCUAGAACGGUUAAGAUACAUUUAAUCAUAAUAAUUACAUGAACAGGAAGUGCAAUUCGAAUAAAAGAAUAACACUUAAAAGCAAGUUUUAUUAAUGCUAUCUAAAGUGGAUGCUUGCAUAUCUGAUAUAAUAAAUUUAUUUGAUAGUAAUAGAUAAUAAUAUGUAAGAUAUAUAAUAUGUUAUUUAGAAUUUCAUUGAUGAUUAAUUAAUCUCUAAACUAGAUGCAUUAUCAAUUAAUUUAAAUAGGGUAAUUUAAUGCAAAGAGUUACCAAAUAUCAAUCUUAAACCAAAUUUAGUUAUUUUGUAAGAGGAAUUUCAUAGAAUUUAAGGAACUUUUAAUAGUAUAUUUCCUCAUUACAAUAGUGUGAGUGAAUUAAUAAAAAAACAAAUUUAAAAUGAUUAAAUAUAUUAAUAACUUGAUGAAAUAUCAAAAGUAUCAAAAGAGUUAUAAAAUUGUCCUUUAGGGAUUCGAUAAAUAAAUAUUUUGAGAUCCUUAGUGAUCCAUUGUCUCCUAUCAAUUCAUACAUUUAAUUUUAGACCUACUUUUAAACCCUUUUUUGAAAUAAUCUAACCUUUCCUUCAAGAUUGUUAAGGCAUCUAUGAUUAAUAUUAAGAUAAUAACUAAUAGAUGGGAUAAUAAGUGAUAUGGGAAUUAUGGAAAUCAAGUAAUAAGAAUCUUUAAUAAUCUACAGAGUAAAAAUUUUAAUUAUUUUUAGAAAUAUCAUAAAAGAGAUAAAUUAGAUGAAAUAAGAAUAUUAAGGAUAUUGGAAUCACAAAAUAUUUGAUCUUUAGUAGAAAUGA